UGGACGGAGUUCCGCACCCAGUUCAAGGCCCGAUUCGAGACGGUCGACGAGGCGGUCGAUGCGAAGGAACGCCUUCGUACGUUGUGGCAAGGCUCCAUGACUGUUCCGGAGUACGCCGCCCGGUUCAACGAGCUCUCCACCCGCACUGGCUACUCCAAGGCCGACCUCCGCGACCGCUUCUACGAGCACCUUGCGGACUCCAUCAAGGACGAGUUGGUACACACGGCAAGGCCCAUCGCUUCUCUGGAGGACCUCAUCACCGUCUCCUCCGACAUCGACGUCCGUGUCCGCCAACGCCGUGCCGAACGGGAUCGUCAGCGCGGACGCACCACCACCACCACCACCGCGGCCAAGCCGGCUGUUCCGCUGCAUACCACCCCCUUCACGCCGCCUGCCCGAGACCCGAACGCAAUGGACAUCGACGCGACCCGUACGCGCGAAGAGUUCAACCGCCUCAUGCGCGGCAAGUGCUACGGCUGCGGCUCUACGGCGCACGUCAAGAAGGACGGCGGCCACGAUCGGGACAUCUGCGGCUACUGUCGCCGCGUAGGGCACCGCGAGACGGUAUGCAUGGACAAGUUCCUGAAGAAGCCCCACUCGCAGAAGCUCGCCGCCACG